GGUGGGGAGAAGAGAACAAUGAAGUGGAACCAGCUCUAUCGUCGCUCUAACCAAAAGAAACGCCCUCUCUUGGUUCUUCUGUCGAAAGGAGGUGAGGCUCCUGGGUUAACGUGCGAGAGGGAGUAAAUGGCUCAUAUGUAGUAUGGCAUCAACAUCUAUCAAAACAGAUGAUGUGAGUAAUGAGCAAGAUCUACCUGCUGUAAAGGAAAGCCGACAACAUAAGCAGUGUCUUCAGCGUCUAAGAUUUGCUUGUAAAGAAAGUCCUUUUGUAAAGUUCAUGUUCAAGGUCAUGGAAGAAAAUGGAUGUCCAGUGAACAUAUCAAGAAAUAUAUCAUGUGAGAAAUGUCCAGAGGGAAGCAUAAUUAAUGGAGGAUUUGAUCCAUCAAAUGGACAGAUUGUUCUCUGCGAAAACAGAGCUCCAUCUCAACGUGUUGUUAGCACUCUACUUACACACGAACUCAUUCACGCCUUUGACUUUUGUCGAGCCCACGUAGAAUGGAACAACCUGAGGCAUGUUGCUUGCACAGAGAUCCGUGCUGCUAGUCUUAGUGGAGACUGUUCAUUCUUCAAUCAAAAUCUAUACAGCAGAAAGUUUGGCUUUAUGAAGCAUCAUCAGAAAUGUGUGCAGGAACGCGCAAUGAAGUCAGUGAUGUCGGUCCGUGAUAUACCUAAAGAAGAAGUCCAAAAGACAAUAGAUGAUGUAUGGGAUAUAUGUUUUAAUGACCAUGAACCAUUUGAUAAAAUACCAAGGAAUAAAGAGGAUGUUCAACGUAUGGCGCGCCAAAGAUACAACUAUGAUUUAUGACAAAGGCUUUGGUUUUCAAAAUAUUUUAGAAAUGGGAAAAAAAAUAUUUCUUGAAAUUUAUGAAGGUUGUGUGCAUGGCGAGUAUCAAUAGUAGCUCUCAAUGCAAAGUGGAGGGAGGUAGUCCCAAUCAUUCACAAAAACCGAAAUAAAACCAUUUUGUAUUUGUUUUACUAUACCUCAUAACUGUGUGUCUACAUAACUAUUUCUGGCUUAAAUUAAACAGUCCGCAUACAACUAUUGUGGGUAGCAUUUUUUCCCCAUGUACACAUAAAUCCUGCAUAUGCAGGUGGAAUUAACCAAUGAAAUGUUAUUACCUAAUUCAGCGUUCCGCAAACUUUUUACUUUACGGCCUA